GGGGCUAGUCCUUGCCCCUGACGUCACAAGGACUUUAAUAACACAGCCUUUCCCCAAAAGCCGCGCUUUUGGAAAAUGCCAGUUUGCACAAUGAGAGAGACCUGCGAGGAGAGGGAGCGUUUGUUUUUCAAGGAGAUCUAAUUCUGGAUUCAAUGACUUUGAUUCUGGGAACCAGUGAUGAGUUGGCUCCUGACGUGGAUUCUACUUGUAGCGGGAAUUCAUGAGGCCUUCUCACAAAAUUCCUCCGCUACGAUGCCCGUCCCUGAGCCCACUGCCCUGGAGCCGUACAACCGCACGCAGUACUGCAAAUGGCCAUGCGAGUGCCCCGAGAUGCCCCCGACAUGCUCCCUCGGGGUGAGCCUGCUCAUAGACGGCUGUGACUGCUGCAAGACCUGCGCCAAGCAGGUGGGCGAAGUUUGCAACGAGAAAGAUCCCUGCGACCACCACAAGGGACUAUAUUGCGACUACAGCAGAGACAAGCCUAGGUACGAAAAGGGAGUGUGUGCAUAUCUAGUUGGCACUGGGUGUGAGUAUAACAGCGUCAUCUACCGCAAUGGUCAGAGCUUCCAGCCCAACUGCAAGUACCAGUGCCUGUGUGUGAACGGCGCCAUCGGCUGCCUGGGCCUGUGCAAUGAGUCGCUGCCGCCUAGGGUGUGGUGCCAGACGCCGCGGCGCGUCAAAAUCCCGGGCCAGUGCUGCGAGACGUGGAUCUGUGACGAGCCCAGGAGGGGGCGCAAGACGGCACCCAGGCACGCCAAGCAAGCUCCUUCCUAUCGGAACAGCGGCUGGCACAAGAACUGCCUGACCCAGACGACGUCCUGGAGCCCCUGCUCUAAGACCUGUGGCCGAGGCCUGUCCACACGCAUCACCAAUGCCAACAAGCGCUGCGAGAUGGUCAAGGAGAGCCGGCUCUGCAACAUCAGGCCCUGUGACGUUGAUAUCAUCAAACACUUCAGACCAGGGAAGAAGUGCCUGAACAUCUACCGGGAGCCUCGACCAACCAACUUCACCAUCUCGGGCUGCACCAGCACCAAACCGUACUGGCCCAAGUACUGUGGCGUCUGCACAGACGACCGUUGCUGCAUCCCCUACAAGUCCAAGACGGUGGAGGUGGAGUUCUCGUGCCCCAACGGGGCCAAGCUCACCUGGCAGGUCAUGUGGAUCAACGCGUGCUUCUGCAACCUCAGCUGCAGGAACCCUAAUGACUUCUUUGCUGAGCUGGAACAGUACUUUGAGUAUUCAGAGAUUAUGAACUGACGGGCAAGGAAAAGGCGGUGGCAGGAGAAGGAGGAGGAGGUGUGUGUGUGUGUGUGUGUGUGUGUGUGUGUGUGUGUGUAUGUGUGUGUAUGCACUAAGCCUUUUUAGAUGCCAGCUGUCUGUGGCCACCUCAAGUGCAUUCAUAUCCACGCCUGAGGGACAUAGAGCUCUGUUCCCUUUAGGAGGCUUAUGAGGGAGACAGAGCCAUGUCUUCUUGUAAUCAUCUUUCAUUCACAUUGCCAAAUUCAGCUUCUCUCCAUUACUGAGGCCAUUGAAGAAAAAGAUACAAAAGAAAAUUGUCCACAUAGCAAUUAAGGCCUUUGCUAUAUUAUCACAGAAGCUUAGCUACAAUUUUAUUCUCCAUACGACAAAGUAUACGCUCCCUCCUUUGUACAGCUCAUGUAAGUAUUGCAGUUGUAAAAAUGAAAAUGCAUAAUCUUGACUUGUUUAAUAUAGUCACUCGAGCUCUAAUUUAUUUCUGUGUAUAUUUACAUACGAUAUAGAGAUAGAGUGAAAUAUGUGCAAUUGACCUACAGUGCCAGUGUAUUGUAUGUAACUUUUUAUGAGAAGGACGACGCUCUGUCUCCUUAGUCUUCAAUUCAUGCAGCUCGGUGCUUUUUAAAUGUUUAUAGUAUCAAAGAUUAAUCUCUAUGUAUCAACAGGGCUCUUAUGCCAUAGCGUAAAGGUAAUUGAAAGGUAUUCUUCCGUAUAAAUAUGACAAACACUGCAGACCACAGGUGUAGUUACAUUUUUUUUAUUUUUUUAAUAAAUACAAACUGUUAAAUCAUUAAAAUACAUACAAUUCUG